AUGGGUAAUUUCAAAGGGCAUGCCCUCCCUGGAAGCUUUUUCCUUCUUUUUGGCUUAUGGUGGUCAGUGAAGUAUCCACUGAAGUAUGCCUGUCGAAAAAACAAGAACGCUUGCUACCUUGGUUCCAGGGCAGGAUUUCAGCGUCUGGAGUUUGUUGAGGGGAUCAUCAAAGCUGUAUUUGCCCUGAUUGGAAUGGUGGCUGAGCAAUUUGUUCCUGAUGGACCUCAUCUGAAGUUGUACAAUUAUGAGGAAAAGCACUGGGAUCACUUGAUGAACUGGCAACAUGCCACCAUGUACCUCUUCUAUGGCAUUUCAGGACUGGUUGACAUCGUGGCUCAUGGGACCAAUGCAUUGCCAUUGGCCAUGGACAGGAUGAUGCUUUCUGUUGCAGUGUUUAUUGAAGGUUUCCUCUUUUGCUACCAUCUUCAUGGGAGAGCCAUGCUGGAUGUCCAUGUUCAUCAGUUGUUGCUAUUUGCUGUCUUUGGAGCUGCUGUUUGCAUAUUCCUGGAAAUUUUCUUCCGUGGCAGUAUUGUGCUAGAGAUGCUCCGUACAAGCCUCUGUAUGUUACAAGGCAGCUGGUUCUGGCAGAUUGGCUUUGUGCUUUAUCCUCCAAAUGGGAGCCCAGAGUGGAGUCAGACAGAUCAUACUAACAUGAUGUUCCUGACCAUGUGCUAUUGCUGGCAUUACGCCUUUGCUUUUCUUAUAAUUGCAGUGAACUACACAAUUGUCAGCUGGGCCGUUCGUGUAAAGGUUAAACAGUCCCAGUCCAUGGAAAUGGGAUUACUGAAAACAUCUGAACGAGAUCAGGAGUCAGAAGAUGAAAUGUAG